AUGAACGUCCAGCUAUACAUAUAUGAUCUGUCGAAGGGCUUAGCGCGCAAUUUGUCUGGAGCUUUAUUGGGCGUCCAGAUUGACGCUAUCUACCAUACUUCAGUCGUUUUCGGGGGCAUCGAAUAUACCUAUGAUGGAGGGGUCAAAACUGUUAGGCCCGGGGAAACUCACCUAGGCAAGCCAUUGCAGGUUUUGGAAUUAGGGAAAACGGAUUUGCCUAUGGAUGUGAUUCUGGAAUAUCUCGAGUCUUUGAAAGCGAUCUAUACCUUUGAGGCGUAUGAUCUCUGGAAACACAAUUGCAACAACUUCUCGAACGAUUUCGCUACUUUUCUGGUUGGUCGUGGAAUCCCCGACUAUAUUACGAAUCUUCCGGAGACUGUACUCAAUACUCCGUUUGGCAGAAUGAUACAACCGCGCUUCAAUGAUUACGUUACCUUGAAUAGUAUGAAUAAUGGCGGCCUUUUGGGUAUACAGAGCUCGGAGGAUCCGCAGCAGCAGACAUCGAUGUCCCAAGUUCGGCACGCAACAACCUCCACCGAAUUAGAUAAUCUCUUAAGAUUGGCCAGGAAGAAAUGUGCAGUCAUUUUCUUUACCUCUCAUACUUGCGCCCCUUGCAAGACUCUAUAUCCUGUAUUUGAGCAACUUGCAAAGGAUGCAGGACGCAAAGCCAUCCUCAUACUAGUUGAUAUCUCCCGGUCGUAUGAGAUUGCCACAAAAUAUAGUGUUAACGCUACACCCUCGUUUGCGACAUACUUACGAGGCGAGGAGGAGAAACGCUGGGCGGGAGGAGAUGCGGCGUCCCUGCGAGGAAAUGUACAGCUUCUGGUACAAAUGGCAUUCCCGCCUCAUGCACACGAAUCUUUACGUUUACCAGCACUUCGAGCACUAGAUCUACUGCCAGUCAUUUACACUAAAGUCCCCCCACUUGAAAAACUCAAAGCAAAAAUGGGACCUGCUGCUGAUAAUGCGGCUAUUAAAGGAGUUCUCCAUUUUGUCUCGGAGUAUUCGAAACCUGCAGCGCAAACCCAUCUUCCGGAUCUCGAUGCCUUUAGUUGGUUUCUACGAGAAGCCCCCUCCAAUUUACCAACGGAAAUUAUGUUUCCAAUAGUUGAUCUCCUUCGAUGUGCUCUUGUGGAUCCCAGACUUAGUGGCUACUAUGCCGAGGAAAAGAGUCACAAAACCAUUGCUCCUCUAUUCACAUAUGUUGAUAGUCUCAAAGAUUGCCCUUACUCACUCCGUUUAGUCGCACUUCAAGCAGCCUGUAAUCUGUUCACAAGUCCCCUAUACCCUCAGCAUAUCCUCGGUUGUCCGACCCUUACUCAUCCCCUCGUUGAACUAAUAACCACCUCGCUGCUUGAUGAUGCACAUCAUAACGUUCGCGUCGCAGCCGCAAGUCUUGCCUUCAACAUGGCAUUUGCAAAUUCCAGUCUCCGCAUAGAAGACCAUAAAGAAGUAUUACCAGAAAGCGAACAAAUAGAACUCGCCGCCUCAUUACUAGAAGCUAUACAGGAAGAAAAGGAAUCCCCAGAAGCAUUAAAGGGGUAUCUAUUGGCGUUUGGUCAUUUGGUAUUUGGGAGCCCGAAAGGAGGAGAGCUGGUAGAUUUAUUGAAAAGUAUGGAUGCUCAAGGGACGAUUCUGGGCAAGGCGAAGGCAUUUCCAAAAGAAGCCUUAAUCAAAGAGAUAGGAGAAGAAUUGCUGGGAAAGGGGUUGGCAUAG